GGCCUCCUUGUGAAGAAAGUGAUUCUGAUGCAAUUCUCACAAUUUGGCAAAUUUGGACUAAAAAGCCAGUCUGUUGCAAUAUUUACACUAAAUGAAACCUUUCUUAUUAAGUAUAAAAGGAAAUGCUUUGUAUUUAUUCUACAAAAGUUCUGUUGUACUACACUUUUGAGGCACCAGAAUAAUUCUGCUGUAUGUUACUUCCUUGUGCUAAUGAGCCAAAGUGUGCCAAGCACAAUGCCCCUUAAACGACAUAACGAUAAUUGCUGAGGCUGUUGACGCAGCAAAAUGUUGCCCAUCUGUUAUUCCCCAUGACAUCUAAAGCAAUAUCACUAAAUAGCACAAAAACAGAGUCCGUGCUCUGUUUAGAUAAGAGGUUAGGUCUGAAUUGUGCCAGGCAAGCCUGUGCAUGUUGAUUCAGAAGAAAGGUCCAGUGAUUGCAAUGGGGCUUACAUCCAGGUAAAACUGCAUAGAUCUACAGCGUUAAUUGCCUUCUAGAUUGUAGAUAAGAAAAUAAUUAAUUCAUUCCCCAGUUAAGAAAUCACUGUACUGCAUGUGCUCCAUGAAUGCAAGGAGGCAUACCCUGGAACAGUGACUCAUGCAAACUCUCAGAGUUUGCCAGCUUCAAAGCUAGAUUUUUUAAUUUUUUUUUGUAGAGUCAGAACAGGUAAUCUCUGAGGAUGGGUAUGUUGGGCUCUCAAGAACCUUUACUUACUUAUUUCCUGUAGGGUGGUUGCAAUUCACUUGUGGCACACUAGUAUGCCCGAGUGCAUAACUUUGACUUACCUUAUUCAGGAAAUGUUUUGCACCCUCCGAUGAAAAUAGGGACGUCUCAUUCCAUAAUGAUAAUUUUACUAUUUAUACCCCAUAUAUCUUCCUGAGUUGCCCCAGUCACUCUGGGCAACUUCUAACAUAUAUAAAAACAUAAUAAGACAUUAAACAUUUAAGAAAACACCUUCCCUAUACAGGAUUGCCUUCAGAUGGCUCGGGGGUCAGAUAACUCCAUACCCUCCAACAUUUAUCCAAUGAAAAUAGGACAUCCUAAGGAAAAGUGGGACAUUCCGGGAUCAAAUCAGAAACCAGGACAGCUUCUCUAAAUCAGGGAUGUCCAUGGAAAAUAGAGGGACAGGAAAUGGCAAAGAGUAGCAGAGGAGUUGGGACUGCCCAGUAACAUCAAAGCUAGGAAUAGCUUCCAUCCUGUGGCUGUAAUUUGACAGUCUAACACAGAUUUCUGAGGUGCUGAGCUGUAACUAUUGCAAAACACACAGCCUAGCAACACAGGAACCCAGAACCCCAAUUCCCUGUUUCUGGGGAGGUGAUGAGUUUGCUUUCAGAUGUGCUAAAAUGUUAAUCCUCAUGGAAAUGCUCAUGGAAGACUUCACAACUUUUCUCAAGAUUCAGAGACUUCACCCUUUGAAAUUCACUUAUAGAAAACCUUCAAAAGGUGAACAUGAAAAAUCCAACUCUCUGGAUCAAGGCCAGUCUUUUCCCAGGGUUCCCAGACAAGAGCCUCUGUCAGACAUGGAGAACUUCACUCACUCGUUGUCAUUAGACCCAUUCUUGGCAAAAGCAGCAAGAGAUACAUCUACUGAUGUGGUCAAAAGCGCUGUGAAGGACUUUGCCGAUGACUACCUCAACAGGGCUGCUAUUUUCAAUAGUAUGGAUGAAAUAGUGACUGAAGUGGCCCAUGCAGCUUUGCCAAAACUAAUCCAAGAGGCACAACAAGAAUUGGGCCAAGAGGAACUGCUGGAUGGGAUCAUCUUGUGUGUUGUUGAGGAGGAAGCCAACGCCUUAGUUCAGACUGUCCUUCAUGAAUAUCAUUCUGAAAUGUUUAAACUGCAAAAGGGAGAGGUUGCUGUGCUUGCCGCUAAACAACUUAUUGAUAUAUUUCUCCUGGAGCGUGUGAUAGAGAAGAUGAGUUUGCAGGGCCCAAGGAUUUCUGGGAAGGAGCACUCAAGCGCGAUUUUAGAUAAUUUUAUGUUCGAUAUUCUCCUUAAGCAGUUAUUUAGCAUUCAGCAGCAGCAGCGAGUUACCUCUGAAAACAUCCCCCUGGGAGAUUUCCAUCUGAAAGCUUUUACCGAGGUGGCUUUAGAUGUUAUCUUGACAGAGCUGAAUAAAGUGGUGGACGAGGACAUGGAAGAUCUGCUGGAAUAUGAAAAGAAAGCUCAGGUAGAAAGGAAUCUGUGGCUGGGGAGUAGUUUUAUUACAAGCAAUUUGGGGGACAGACAACUAUAUCCAUAUUAAUGCCCAAUGCAUAAACAACAGAAUGUAAGCACUAGAAUUCUCUUAAAUCAGAUCAUAGGUCCAUUGUGUCCAGCAUCCAUUUUCUUCAGUGGCCAGCUAGAUUCUUCUGGGAAGAACAUAAGCAGACCAUGAGUGCAACAACUCUCUUUUGCCAUUUGCCCCCACCCCUGGCAAUUGCUGUUUUAAGGUAGAAUGUCUCUGAACCUGAAGGUUCCAUUUAGCUAUCAUGGUCAAUACCCUUUAAUAGACUUAUAAAUACAUUUGUCUAAUCAUUUGCUGCCCAUCACUACAUCUUGUGGCAGUCACUGCAAAUCCCAUUAGUUAUUUCCAUUAGUAACUAGUUAAUUUUGCAUUAUGUAAAGGACUUUUAUUCAUGUGGUGUUUUGCAGAUUUUGCAUUUAAUUAGUUACAUGUAUUUCCCCAUCCCCCGUAGAGGUAUGUGAUUCCACCUUAAUCCUCCUAAGCUCAUGGCCAUCACCACAAAUUGUGGCAGGAAGCUUCAUAAAAUUAACUUAUGUGUCCAGCUCUUUGCUGUUCAUAUAUGUGGGUGGAGUACAAGUGUAUGUCAUAGACCUGGAGCUGUUUAAUCCCCUUGACUGUAGAUACCAACUGUUUCCAGAGUCUCAUUUCAGGAGCUUAUCAUGCCAAAGAGUCCAGCCCCUGACAUCUGAUUGACUUGGGGCAUUUGAGAGGUAGGACUACCCUUGAUGAAGAAGCUUCACAGUGCACAGAGAGGCUGGAUUGCCUGUGCAAGCCCCAGAAUGUCACCCCCCACCAUGGUAUCUGAGUACCUGGGCUGCUUAUUGGAAGCUGCCUGGAUUAUCUCAAUAUGAUUGACUUAAGGACAUUCAACUCUUAUUUUCUAAGUGUGUGCUUACCAUUGUUCCCUUGCAUCCAGAAAGGGCAGAAGGCCAGAUUCCUUAUACCUGACCCAUCCGCCAACUCAGGGGCUCCAUACGGCCUUCCCAAUCACAGCGGGGCAGUGUUAGAAUCGUUAUUCCUUUCUGUGCCUGAAUAGUCCUUUGAGGCCUGAGCCUAGGUUGUCUGAGGUGGCUUUCUGGGUUAUCAAGGCCUGCUAGCCAUAAUAGUUGUGUUCCAUCUCCACUCUCAGAGGCAGUAUGCCUCUGAACACCAGUUGGUGGGUAUCACAGGUGGGUGGAAUGCCAUUGUACUCAGGUUGUGCUUGUGGACUUCCUAAAGGCAUCCAGUUGGCUGUGAGAACAGGAUGCUAGAUUAGAUGGACCAUUGGACUGAUCCAAAAGGUCUCUACUCAUAUUCUUACAUCAGCUUUAGGCUAUUAAUUUUUUUAAAGCCCUGUACUAAGUAUGCCAAGUUUAAUGCAUGCCCUCUUCUGCAGAUGACUGGAGGCAUUUUGUUCUACUGCAUCUAGUCCAAUGCACCUAUUAAAACCAGGAUUUGCACUAUUAACAGAAUAUCUCUCCCUUAACAAGAAUGAUAUUCUGCUCUCAUAGAGGAACUUGCUACAUAAUUGACUGAGGUACAUGCUUAACUCAUUCUGUAUGAUAUAUUUCAUUUAAAGGGUAUUUAACAGAAACAGAAGAGAGGAAAAGAGCACCUGAAUAAUGUAAGGCUUUUUUAUAUGCUUAUGUUUCAUUUCAGGGUAAUGUAUGUGAGUGUAACACUACUUUAUAUUUAUAUUGAUUCCCCAUGUGAUGCAAUAAAAAACAGGAAAUGAGCAUAUCUGAACACAAAGUUUUAUUAAGAAUAAACCAUGUUUAAAUUA